AUGUCUCGUUCUUCUCGCACAGGUAAAUUCAUAUACGACCCUGAAGUUGAGAAGGCAGCAUGUAGGCGAAGACAAGAGACCAAGAAAUGCAAAGAGGGACAGUCAUCUAUUGCAAACGAUUCUGAAGAAGACGAAAUUAGCAUGGCCAACAACCAAACACUAAGGGAGUUGGCUGCCCCGAAAUUGACCCACCAGCCUUUGUGCAUUACAUUCCCAACUCUGGCUGAAAAUACUUCAUUCGAGCUAAAAUCAGGGUUAAUUCACCUCUUACCCUCAUUCCAUGGCCUUUCUAGUGAGGAACCCCAUGAAUACAUCCAGGAGUUUGAAGUGGUAUGUUCUAGUAUGAAACCUCUUGUGGUUACUGAAGAGCAAAUUAAACUUAGAGCAUUCUCUUUCUCUCUUAAGGAUGCAGCGAAAGAUUGGCUAUACUACCUGCCCGCAGGUAGUAUCACGAUAUGGGCACAGUUGAAAAAGAAAUUUUUAGAAAAAUUCUUUCCUGCAUCCCGGGCUAUAAGUCUGAGGAAAGAGAUAUGCAGCAUCAAGCAAUACCUCGAGAAGUCUUUAUAUGAUUAUUGGGAAAGAUUCAAUAAGUUGUGCACUAGAUGCCCGCAGCAUCAAAUUAGUGAACAACUAUUGAUCCGGUAUUUCUAUGAGGGGCUGCAGUCAUCUGACAGAAGUAUUAUCGACGCUGCGAGUGGAGGAGCACUAGCAAAUAAGAUACCGAGAGAAGCAUGUGAGCUUAUUGAAGUAAUGGCAGAAAAUUCUCAACAAUUUGGAUUCCGUGAGAGUAACCCUACCCGUAGGGUCAACGAGGUGGAGACGUCGUCAUCCAUUCAGCAACAGCUGUCGGAGUUGACAUCUUUUGUUCUGCAACUAGCCGUGGGGAAUGUGCAGCGAGCGAGGGUCUGUGAAAUUUGUACAAAUGUGGACCACACCACAGACGCAUGUCCCAUUUUACAAGAAGAUGGAGCUGAACAAAUAAAUAUAGCUGGAGGCGUGCCUGCACCCCGUAGGCAGUAUGACCCGUACUCAAGCACGUACAAUCUUGGUUGGAGAGUGUCGCGCCCCACUUUUCGAUUGUGA